AUAAACGUGCUUUACACAUUGCCGGCCCCUAGUAAACACUACAAACGUAAACUAUCAUUGUUAUAUUACUGAUCAAAGCGUGCUGACCUUACCAGCAGCUACUGGCUGACCUUGGUUGGGUGGAGCAAUAAAAAACUUGCUACUUCCCUGCGUGGGGAGGCGCGGCACCAGAAAGCGGCCAGGCCUGGCUCCAGGUCCCAGCACCGGGUACUCUCGGCCUUAGCCGAGUUUUUCUCAGUCCGCGGGAGAACCUGGCGGCCGCUCUAGCUGCGUGGGCCUCCGGUUCUCUGUGGUGCGAGGCCUGGCGCCUGCGCAUUGGAGGAGGCGGCGGGCGAGGGGCUGGGCCGGGUGAGCGGGGCGCGGCGGCACGCGGAGGGUGCGGCGGAGCGGCCGUGCCUUCGCAGCUAGAACUAUCCCAUAAAAAUUGUAUAUUGUUGUUAAAACCAAGAACCAACAAGCAAAAUCUAAAAGCAAUGCACCUGAGCUAAGCACAAAGAAUAUGCCAGAAUGGGUUCACUGUUACAGAGAAUAAAGAUGAUCUAUUUUUGCAGCCUAUGCUCGUGUAUGCCAAGAAGUCUUUUCACACAGAUGUCCUUAGAGAUAAUAUGGAUCAGUCCGGAGUUCUCCUCUGGGUGAAAGCAGAACCCUUUAUAGUGGGUGCCUUGCAAGUCCCCCCUCCAUCCAAGUUCAGUGUUCACUAUCUCAGGAAGAUAUCCACCUAUGUGCGAACCCGGGCCACAGAGGGGGCUUACCCACGCCUGUACUGGUCUACGUGGAGGCACAUUGCAUGUGGGAAGCUGCAGUUGGCCAAGGAUCUGGCGUGGCUUUACUUUGAAAUAUUUGAUAGUCUUGCAGCGAAGACACCAGAAGAGCGCCUGGAAUGGUCCGAGCUUCUGUCCAACUGCAUGUCUGAGGAUGAAGUCGAAAAGCAAAGAAAUCAGCUUUCAGUGGACACCCUACAGUUUCUGCUCUUCUUAUAUAUACAGCAGUUAAACAAGGUUUCCCUGAGGACAUCUUUGAUUGGAGAAGAGUGGCCUAGUCCCAGAAAUAGAUCUCAGUCUCCUGACUUGGCUGAAAAAUCCAGUUGCCAUAAUAAGAACUGGAAUGAUUACAGUCACCAAGCAUUUGUCUAUGAUCACCUGUCAGACCUCCUUGAGCUGCUUUUAGAUCCAGAACAACUCACUGCAUCAUUUCAUUCGACCCAUAGUAGUCUCGUCUCUCGAGAAGCUGUUGUGGCCCUCAGCUUUCUGAUUGAAGGUACAGUGAGUGGAGCCAGGAAGAUAUAUCCACUUCAUGAACUUGCACUGUGGCAACCACUACAUGCAGAAAGUGGCUUCUCAAGGCUCUCUAAGACCUUUUCUUUCUACAAGCUGGAAGCCUGGCUGAGAACCUGUUUGACUGGGAAUCCAUUUGGUACAUCUGCCUGCCUCAAGUCUGGAAAGAAAUUGGCUUGGGCUCACCAAGUUGAAGGGACGACCAAAAGAGCUAAGAUUGCUUGUAAUACUCAUGUGGCCCCUAGGAUGCACCGCAUGGUGGUGAUGAGCCAGGUUUACAAGCAGACCUUGGCCAAGAGCUCAGAUACUCUGGUGGGGGCACACGUAAAGAUUCAUCGUUGCAACGAAUCUUUUAUAUAUCUGCUGUCUCCCUUACGAUCUGUGACCAUUGAGAAGUGCAGGAAUAGCACAUUUGUCUUGGGCCCCGUACAGACUGCUCUUCACCUCCACAGCUGUGACAACAUUAAAGUCAUUGCUGCCUGCCACCGUUUGUCCAUCUCUUCCACGGCAGGUUGCGUCUUUCACAUUCUGACGCCUACACGCCCACUUAUUCUCUCUGGAAACCAGACAGUAACUUUGGCCCCUUUUCACACCCAUUAUCCAAUGCUGGAGGAUCACAUGGCCAGGACCGGCCUUGCUACAGUGCCUAACUAUUGGGAUAAUCCAAUGAUUGUGUGCAGAGAGAGCAGUGACACAAGUGUCUUCCGACUCUUACCACCUUGUGAAUUCUAUGUAUUUAUUAUCCCCUUUGAAAUGGAAGGGGAUACGACAGAGAUACCUGGGGGGCUUCCGUAUGCAUAUCAGAAAGCACUGCGUCAAAGAGAGCAGAAGAUACAAAUCUGGCAGAAAACUGUGAAGGAGGCUCGUUUGACAAAGGAUCAGAGGAAGCAGUUCCAGGUACUCGUGGAGAACAAGUUUUAUGAGUGGCUGAUUAAUACAGGACAUCGCCAACAGCUGGACAGUCUGGUGCCCCCUGCCGCAGGCUCCAAACAAGCAGCAGGAUAAGACUCCUACGUGGAAACACUGGGCUCUGGAAACAGGAGGAUGAAUGGACGAUGGUACAUGUCUUGAAACUAAACUGGGAAGAUGCUCUUGUUGCUUAAGAGAUAUUGGGGCUUUUUCCUUCCUAUUUAAGACCAUUCCUUGAUUUCCAUUCCACACUCAUAUGUUAUUGCUUAUGUUGAAUUUUAGAUGAACUUCCAUCAUAUAAACAUUGUUCAUAGAACAUCAGGAAGCUCAUCUUUGUGUUGCCAAAAUGAAGGAGUUGAUGAAGGCAGUUUCAUCGUAUUUACGUUAAUAUUAAAGUGAUGGAGUGUAGAUUUGCAAGUAAACUUCACAUUUUAAUUUGUAUGACGAAAGGGUCUCAUCCUUUCUAGAGUUAAAUAAGAGUUUUAUAGUUCUGUGUAACUAUUUGAAAGGAAAUUGCUACUCCUUUUAAAAAAUAAUUGGAAUGAAAGUAUAGUUUGUUGGUGUAUAAGUAUAGCAGAGAUAGUUUUAUACAAAGAUAUUUUAGUCCUUAAAAGUAUGAAGCAAUGAAAUUGUGUAAAACCCCUAUUUUUCAUUUUGUGCUUCCAAGUUUCAAUAAGCAAACUCUAAAAAGUAAUUUUCUCCUUUUGAGAAAAAGAGCUUUACUUUCAAUUUCAGAAAAGGUUUUAUGGGGGAGGAAAGAGUUUUUCCUCCAUCCUAGGUUCUUUUGGCUAGUUGACUAAUUAAAUUGACAUCAGACAUAUUAACAGGAGGAAAACAAUUUUAAUUACAUAUCUAUGGGAGCUUCCUAAGGACAGGAGCCCCAGGAAUAAGUCAGGCGGUUAUGGCUACUAUGCCACCCUGAGCUAAGGACUGGGUGGGAUGUGGGCCUGAGGGGGGGGGACUUCUCAGGAUAAAAAGAGCAGAUGUGUGGCGGUUAGAUGUUUGUCUUUUCCUACAGAUGAGUCAUUUAGACUAAAAGUUCUCUCUGGUAGUAGCUCCCAUUCUGGGCCAGGCUCCCUGUCUCAAUUAUUUUAGAUAGUUAAGGGAGAGGAAAAGUUUUCUUGAACCUGCAGGGUCUUGUUUGCCUUCAGCUCCAAAUAAUCUACAUGCUAAAGUAGCACAUUUUGGGGUCAUGCAUUCUGCUCCCUUGCAAUUCCCAAUGUCAUUCUUUGAUAUGAUAUCAAAAUAAAGUUUACAUUUGAUUGGGAAAGCUAUAUUCUUUAAGAUAAAGGAAAAUAAUUAUUAAAUUAUUAAAUAAUUAUUAAAUUAUUACGUGAAUCUGCUGAUAAACAUUGUUUCGUAUGCUCACUGGUCAUUAAACUAGUAAUUGUAUUAAAAAAGGGCUUGAUCUUUUCUUUCUAAAGUGGAAAUUAACCCUCAGAAUGUGUGUUAAUUCUAAUUGAGGUUCAUAGUUUUUAAGAUGGAAUUCAAGAGAGAAUUCAAUAAAGAAACACUGGAGUUUUG